ACUAGUGGAUGCACUCACUGGCCCGCCGCUCGGCUCUUCGCGCAGAGGGGCCUGAAGGAGCGGGAGCGGCGGACUCUCCACCCGAUUUCUGGGGAAGGGGAGAGGACGCGCCGCUGCUCUGCCUCCGGGCGUCGGUGAAAGAUGAAGGGUCGGCGGCGACGGCGGGGAGAGUACUGCAAGUUCGCACUGCUGCUGGUGCUGUACACACUGAUGCUCAUGCUCAUCCCUUCCGUCCUGGACGGCGGCCGCGACGAGGACGAAGGACACUGUCCGGAUAUGCAGCGCAGCCUGGGAGUGUGGAGCCUGGAGGCGGCGGCGGCCGGCGAACGUGAGCAGGGCGUGGAGGCGCAGCCCGCCGUGGAGUGGGGCGCAGGCACGUCCCUCAGGUCCCCGGGCGAUGUCCGAACCCACGAGAAACAACACAUCUACGUGCAUGCCACCUGGCGCACCGGCUCAUCCUUCCUGGGCGAGCUCUUUAACCAGCACCCGGACGUUUUCUACUUGUAUGAGCCCAUGUGGCAUGUAUGGCAGGCGUUGUAUCCGGGCGACGCCGAAAGCCUCCAAGGGGCUCUGCGGGACAUGCUCCGCUCCCUCUUCCGCUGUGACUUCUCAGUGCUGGGACUGUACAUGCCGCCUGGAGGACCCGCCGCGCGUGCCUCCGACUUGGCCAACGUCACCACGGCCACCCUCUUCCGCUGGCGGACCAACAAGGUCAUCUGCUCGCCGCCGCUGUGUCCAGAUGCGCCCCGUGCCCGCUCGGAGGUUGGCCUCGUCGAGGACUCGGUCUGUGAGCGUAGCUGCCCACCGGUGCCGCUUCGCGCCCUGGAGGCUGAGUGCCGCAAGUACCCAGUGGUGGUCAUCAAGGACGUGCGCCUGCUCGAUCUGGGCGUCCUGGUGCCUCUGCUGCGCGACCCAGGCCUCAACCUGAAGGUGGUGCAGCUUUUCCGAGAUCCACGGGCCGUGCACAACUCGCGCCUCAAGUCUAGACAGGGGCUCUUGCGCGAGAGCAUCCAGGUGCUGCGCGCGCGUCAGAGGGGCGGCGGUUUCCACCGCAUGCUGCUGGGGCAUGUCAUGGGCCCGCGGCCCGGGAGUCAGUCCCGGGCGAUGCCCUCCGCGCCGCGCCCCGAUCUCUUCUUAAACAGAGCGCUCGAGGUGAUCUGUGAGGCCUGGCUGCGCGACCUGCUUUUCACGAGCGGCGCGCCCGCCUGGCUGCAGCGCCGCUACCUGCAGCUGCGCUACGAGGACCUGGUGUGGCAUCCUGAAAGCCAGCUGCGCCGUCUGCUGCAGUUCUCGGGGCUGCGCGCCCUCGACGAGCUCGAAGCCUUCGCGCUCAACAUGACUCGCGGCUCGGCCUAUGGGGCCGACCGACCCUUCCAUCUGUCUGCACGAGACGCCCGCGAGGCGGUGCACGCCUGGCGUGAGCGUCUGAGCCAGGAGCAGGUGCGCCAGGUGGAGGUUGCGUGCGCCCCAGCCAUGCGUCUGCUGGCGUAUCCUCUCAGCGGAGAGGAGGGCAACGCCGGGGAGCCGCCGCUGGAGAUGCAGGCCAAAGGUGUUAUGAACCAACUCUAUCCCUAACCCCAAACCCGGUCAGUCACCAUGAACCAGGGCACUCAGCAUGCUGCGACAGCAUUGGAGAAGCAGCAUGAUGGAGGCAAUCUAUCACACAGCCAGAGACUGCGAUUGACUUGGUACCAACUGCUGUGCAAUUCUGCUGGGCAGGAGCAACACAAGCUGUUAAAUAAUGACAUUGAGAUGAAAUUUCCAGAGAGGAAGUGACAAUGCAGUGUGGGUAUUUAUGGCCAUAAGAUAGGAAGAGCUCAGUUCCCAGGCUAAACUUGUCUCUGCUGGAGCCAUUUCAACAAAGAAGAGAUGCGAUUUGGUUCCAUUUCACAUCAGGCAGAUGUCUGAACAAAAUCAUUAAUGUGAAUACAAGCCAAGUGCAGUAGUGUGUAUCGUGAUUAAAUUACUUUGUGUUAAAUAAAAUGUAUGUGUGGUUUUGUUUUUAACUGGACUUUUCCAGCUCUCCUUCAAAUGCCGACCCCCCCUCACCCACUUCCA